CAUUUCUUCAUUGAUCCCAUCAUCUCCUCAAAAAAAAAAUAUCUCUCUCUUGUGAUUUGGUUCUCUCUCUUAUCUACAAAGAGAUUUGCCAAAUCUAGAGGUGCUACUACAAUGGCCAUGAACAAGUUUUUAGCUUCUUUGAUCUUAGCACUCAUUGCCAUUUCCAUGCUUCAAACAUUGGUCAUGGCUAGUAAUGAUAGCCACCUCUAUGAUAACAAGGGUAAAUAUGGACCUGGCAGUCUCAAGAGCUACCAAUGUCCAUCACAAUGUACGAGGAGAUGUGGAAGGACACAGUACCACAAACCUUGCAUGUUUUUCUGUCAGAAGUGUUGCAAGAAAUGCUUGUGUGUACCACCAGGCUAUUAUGGUAACAAAGCAGUGUGCCCUUGCUACAACAACUGGAAGACCCAACAAGGAGGACCCAAGUGCCCUUAAAAUAAAUAAUUUCAUCUUUUAUCAACCAAUCAAUCAACUACCUAAGUUACUAAAUAUUUAAUAAUUUCCCUCCUUGUGUCCUUUAUUAUUAUAUUUUAAUUUAUUAUUAUAUGCUAACUAGAUGGUAACCCCUUUUGGGUCUAUAUAAAAAAUGUAUGUGUUGAUGUACUUUGUGAUACCCUUAUAAGUUUAUGGGUUCCAUGUGCUAUAAUUAUAGUAUUAUAUCACUUCUUUUAGGCUUGUUCUCCAUUAUUGAGAAUGGCUUAUUAGUGUGAUUGUUAUCAUCUAUGAAAUGUAAUCUUGAUUUGGAAGAUCAAUUAUUAUUACAUGUUUCUAAUCA